CUUGAUGCUCAUCCACACUCUUUCACUCUCAUAUCAUACCUUGAAUACAUCAAGGCCCCCAUGAACGACUCACCUGAACGCUGGUGGUUUGCCGGUGGGCAGUUUUUGGUCACCAAACUCAGCUCAGAUUUCGGUUUUGGCGAUGGCCUCUCCGCAGGACUUCUUCUGGCCACAGGCGAGAACCGUUCCGAUUGCAAACUACUCACAUUAACUCUCGUUGUAGUAUCAGACUUCAAUGGACUGUCCGAUCGCUGGGAGUCUGGCGGUGAAAUUUGGGAACGAUAUGCUGAUGAAUAG